CCACUCAGCACGUGGUGACUUGUCAUACAGUUCAUACAGUUUUUUCUUGUUUUUCUCUUGGCCUUCUUGGUGUGUGAGUUUUUCUCGGUUUUUCUCGUGAAAAAAAUGAACGGUGCAACUGCAGAUGGGAGUAGUUUUGAGUCUUUUCUCACUUUGCACGAACCCCAAUUGAGGCAAUCGGCUGUUCCUCCACAUUUCUGGCCGAGCCUCUGCAAUAAGUUGCACAAUCAAAUUUUUGACGCCGGGGAUUCCCUGUCACUGUUGCUUCUGGACUACGGGGAAGAGGGUCGUCAGGAUGAUGACCCUGUUUGGACAGUUGUAGUGUCAAAGGAGGGAGGUAUCGAGGAGAAUGAUGGAGAUGCAAUAUUUCUGGUGGAUCAUGCCUGGACCUUUCGGAUGGACAGUGCCAAGAAGCAGUUGGAGCAGAUGCCCAGGCUACUGACCCGGAUGUGUGUAAUAAUGGGGGUGAACCAGGAGAAUGAGACCCAGGAAGAGUGCGUAAAGAAGGUCAUGAGGAAAGUUUGGAGGUACAAUUCAAUGUACUCAGUCAAUGCCACGGGCAUUUCCAUUGAGAAUCAAAUGCCUAUUUGGUACAUAAUGGAUGAACUGGGAUCCGGAAUUCAGCACAGUGACUCGCCAAAUUUUCGCAUAGUCCCCUUCCUGCAUCUUCCAGAUCAGGUGACGUACAGUGUACUAUUCCCAGUUGCAGACUGUGAGGAGGAUGAAAUUGUCACGAGGGACUUUGUUGAGCAAUACAGUGCUGAUGAUGAAAAGAGGAGGAAUGCUCUGCUCCUGCCGUGGAAAAGUACGAGUUUCCUGGAAGAGGAGUAUAUUCAGGUGGAACCAGUAAAAGACUACUUCCUUGGAGGAAGAGCAAGGGAAGAGUCACUGCCAGAUGGUGAAAUUGAAGGCCCUGAAAUUAAUGCUAAUCGUCCAUUGAAAGUCUAUGCAGAUUAUUCAUUUGUCCAGAAGUAUUUGACAGAUGAGGCUUUUGAGAUUGUGAAGUCCCCUGAAGAAGCAGACGUCCUCUGGCUCAGCAGUCACUUUAAGGACUAUAAGGAGUUCAGCAAACAGAAUCCCAAUAAAUUCAUCAAUCAAUUCCCAUAUGAAAACGUUCUGACAGUGAAGGAUCUUCUGAGUAUUGUUUGCCGGCGUAUGGCAUCCCAGCACUCCAAUGAAGAUACCCUAGAAACCUACCCAAAGUGGCUACCAACUACCUACAACCUCAAUACCGAACUCAUCCAAUUUGUCAGCUACUUCCAGCGACGCCAGGCAAAAAGUCUCGACAAUCACUGGAUCUGUAAGCCCUGGAAUCUGGCCCGUGGCCUGGACAUGCACAUAACAAGUGACAUUGGACAUAUUAUGAGACUACCGGCAACGGGACCAAAGAUUGCUCAGAAGUACAUUGAAAAUCCUGUUCUCUUUCAUCGCACGGACCUCGAGGGGGCACACGUAAAGUUUGAUGUUCGCUACGUGAUUCUGCUGAAGAGUACUAAUCCCCUGUGUGCCUACAUCUACCGGAAUUUUUUCUUACGCUUUGCCAAUCGACCCUAUCGACUGGAGGAGGAUGGCUUUGAGUAUGAAACACACUUCACGGUUAUGAAUUACACAGAAAGCGCUGAUCUCUACCAUUUGCCGUGCGCUGAAUUUUUAAUAAAAUGGUCAGAGCAAUAUCCCGAAAAUCCGUGGGAGGGUGUCGAGGUGGCUAUUUGUGAGAUGCUGAGAGAAAUACUCAUGGGAGCUGUGCACAAAGUGCCGCCAUGUGGUAUUGGCGCCAGUCCACAAAGUAGAGCACUAUAUGCAGCUGAUAUUAUCCUCAGCUGGGAUGGGGAUAAAAUCCAGCCAAAACUGCUGGAAGUCAACUGGAUGCCAGAUUGCCAGAGGGCAUGUGAAUACUAUCCUGAUUUCUACAACGACGUUUUUAAAUUACUCUUCCUCAAUCAACCCAAUCAAAAUGUCUUCAGAUCCAUUGCUAAUUAGCCGAAAACUCCACUUGGCUUGCAAUUAGACAGAGUCAAAAUAAAAAGGAUACUGCAAUGGAGGAAAUAACGAACGAGAUAGGAAAAAUUCUAAUUUGUGCAAAGUCCAAAAAAAGUGCAACGAUUUUUGUGACUAGUUUUUUCCCAAAAAUUUCCAUACCUGAAAAUUGAGGAAAACCCCUCCAAAACGUCGGUUUGAAAAAGUAAAAAAAUGAGAAAAGAGAGGUCA